AUGCCGCUUGAGAGCCAGAAAAAAGUCCGGUUUUGCCUGGAAAAGGAGGAACAGGACCUCGGCGCGGCUGAGCACACUGUGCUGGAACAGCCGCCUGUAAUAUCGCGGGAAGAGUUGGCGACUCAUACGAGCGCGGAAGACUGCUGGCUUGCGAUCCAUGGCGCGGUCUACGACGUGUCCAGAUACCUGACACAACAUCCCGGCGGGGCGCAGGUGAUGCUGAAGCUCGCGGGCAAAGACGCUACCGCUCAGUUUGAUGAUGUGGGCCAUUCGAUGGAGUCCCUAAUGUUCGACUUGGGUUCGGGGGCUUGUGUCGGAGUGCUGAAGGCCAGACCAGUUACAACAGCACUGUCGACACCACAAAAACAACAGCAGGCCUCAGAGUUCGCUCCUGAGCACAGCUCAUACUGGGAGCAACUCUGGACCUGGGUUAAGCAUGUGCCGGAGACCCCUUUGGGCUUCCGGAACCUUAAAUGGGCCACUGGCGAGCUGCGAUCGAGAAACCCCAGUGUCUACAAGGGCGACGCCGAAGUCCGCCGUGAACUCAACGCUCUAGCUAUCGCCGUCGUGAUGGGCGUUUGCAUAAUAAUGCUAGUCUACGUUAAGCUGCGAUGCCCGAGUAUGAUGGAGCACGUGGUAUUAGGGGCCUUGCCGGAAGAGAUGGCAGGCGAGAACUUCGAUAUACCCUCGUGGUCGUUAUAG